AUGGUCAACUACGUGCAGGAUCUUCCCCCUCCCGGCGGCUACUCUGCCCCCAAGCAGUUCUCUGCUCACCUCCCCCGCCGCGGCCUGUCCAGUGUCACCAUGCUUGGCAUUUCGGCGGUCGUCAUGGCUUUCGGUUUCUAUGGUGUCCAUGUCCAGCGUACCCGUGCUCGCAUCACCGCUGCUGAGGACCGCAACGCCAAGUACUGCAUCACUCCCUUCCUGCUUGCCGAGGACCGCCUGGCCACCCACUCCAAGCAGACCCUCGUGCGCAACUACACCGACAGCCUGAUUGCCAACGAUGCCAACAAGCCCGCCGGCAAGACCCCGUACUUCGACUCGGAGGAGCUCGCCAAGUCCUUCAGCUCGUAA